UGUGUUGUGUUAUGGCCAGCCAACGUUCUCCGACAAUUAUCAUCGACAACGGAUCAGGCUUUGUGAAAGCUGGGUUCAGUGGAGACAAACAGUUUCCUACGGUGACGUUGCCAUGUGGUGAUGUUCUGGUAGGCCAGUUUGUUCUAGACGUAGAACAGGAAGGAAAACUCCCUACCGUAAAUGUUGAUUGUCUGAAAGAGAUGUGGAAAGACUCAAUCAAUAAACUGAAGGCAGAUUCAACUGAGCACAACUUUGUACUUACUGAAAAUGUAUUCUAUGAUGAAAAACAACGCAAAGCAAUGGCAGAAGUAAUUUUUGAAGAAUUCGAAGCACCAGGACUCUACAUCGACCACGAAUCGUCAUUGUCACUGAUGUGGUAUCGCAAAACGACAGGAGUCGUUGUAGACUGCGGUGAAUUGAUGACUUCUGUUGUCGUCUAUUACAACGGUCGACGUGUUAAUGACAAUGUGCUCAAUUUUGGUGGUCGGGAUGUUACACUAAAGCUUUUGUCAAGCUUAGAGAAAAACGGAUACGAACAGUUGAAUUUACAAAAUCAUGGUCAUCGUAUGGAAAUCAGAAAAAUCAAAAAUCAAUACGGACGCGUAAGCACUCACUAUGAAAGAGAGAUGCAUCUUGCAGGCAAAAGUGAGCCAAUCUCAGCGCCUUGCCGACUAGUACCACAAAAGGUUCUUCUCAUGCGCAAUGAGCCUUUUUCGUGUUCUGAGGGUUUGUUUCAUCCUCAUCACUUUGAUAAACGUCCGAGAGGAAUCCAUCAUGCGGUGUGCCGAGCCAUCGAGUCACAACCCACAGAAAAACAAGCCGCACUCUACGAAUCCAUACUUUUGUGCGGCGGCACCACAUUGUUGAAGUCGUUUUCGGAAAGAUUGUCGACCGAAAUUAAGAAUGUUAUGAAGGUCAAUACGCCCGUCAAGGUCAUUGCUACUAAGGGUCGUGAACACAGCGUAUGGUUGGGAGCGAACGAAUUGAUGAGCAAAGAAGGAUACACUAGCCAACUUAUGGUUAAUAAAUCCAACUAUCGUGAAUCAGGCGAACGCAUUCUAAGAAGAAAACAGGAUAUCGCAUCUUUCUUGUACUUUUCUAAUAGAAUGAGUUGCCUAGAUGUAGUGUAGUCUGCUAUCGAGAAUUGGAACGGUGUAGUCACUGUCAGUCUAGUGGUUGGUUGCAAUAGGUAAUUAAUUAUUCAGAGUCAUUGUACACGUAGCUAUAGAUUGCCAAUUACUUAUCAAUCUCACAGUGUUCUUACUCUAAUUUGGAAGUUGUCGUGAAGUGAAUAAUAUGCAUGGGCAUAAUACUAGUCAAAGCUGUAAGACACUAAAAUUUAUCAGCAAUUUACAAUUGAAUUAAUAGAGUGUGGCCG